AUGGACUUUGCAGAGCAAUGGGGUGGGGGUGUUGUGGGCAGCGCCACCCACAGGGUGACAGAGCCAAGGAGAGGGGCCUGCCCAGCACCCACUCCUGCUUGGGAUGCUGUCAGGAGUAAAGAGCAGGGCCAGGGCAAACCCAGCCUCCAGCUCGUACUUCCGCACGCUGUGCCCUUCGUCCUGUGCCUUCAGCCCACUGGGCUGGUUGAGUCUGGGGACAACCAGCUGUUACCCUCCCCAUGGUGCAGACUGGAGUCUGACGCUGAGAGGCUGGGACUUGCCCCGGUUCCCCCAGUGGGUACGUGGGGGAGCAGAGCUGCGCACUGGGGCGUGAUCCAGCACCUUGAGCUCAACCACAUGGAUGCGCCGCAGCUGUCAGCAGCGCUCCUGGGGCUGAGGGUGCAAGCAGGACGCUGGAGUCACCUGCCCUGGUGCUGGAUGCCAACUUGGGGGGCUGCUGCUGAGUCUUCUUGGUGA